AUGCAUCGUCUCCGAACUUCAGCUACCCUCUGGCAAUUGCCACGAGCCUUGUCAUGCUCUGCCCCGCGCCGUAACUUGAUCGUCACCCCAAGUAGGUUCAACAGCACCGUAGAGGCAGACUCUCACGACAAAUUGAAUCCUGUUGCCCCGAAUAUCCAACAUCCACUGCCUAUACUACAAGAACCUAGCAACUCCAAGAGCGAUGUACAAAAUUCUACCUCCCACGAGACUAUAAGGAGAUCCUGUACGGAUGCCGUCGUUCAAAAAGUGGGUAGAAAAGAGUCGAUUUGGGCUGGAAAAGAGGAAAUGUACUUGCAUAUGGACAAAAACACAACAAUAAAACUGCCAUAUACCUACCUGCGCGAUUCAUGCCAGUGUGUGGUGUGCAAGGAUCAACACUCUAAGCAACGCUCGUUCCGCACAAGUGAUAUCCCCAAGGACAUUGCUCCAAGCCUGAUCAGUUGGGAUGGGAAAAAACUUUCAAUUAGAUGGGCCAAUGACAGUGAGGGAUCUCAGACUGCGCAUGAAUCAACUUGGGACCGUGGCUUUCUAAAAAGCCCCAUUUUCAACACUCAUCGCCAACAUCGGAGUGCUACCAGCAAGCCGAUCAUGUGGGGACGGGCUCAAAUGGACAAAACUCAACAUUGGGUGUCUUACUCGGACUAUAUUGCCGAUGAUUCCAAAUUUGCCACAGCGAUGCAGCAGUUGCAGCGUCUGGGCCUUAUUUUUGUGAAGGAUAUUCCAGACUCACGAUUGAUGGUUGAAGCUAUUGCAACACGUAUGGGACCACUACGAAACACCUUCUACGGAUCAACAUUCGAUGUCCGCACCGUUCCACAGGCGAGAAAUGUGGCAUAUACAAACCAGUUCCUUGGAUUUCACAUGGAUUUGAUGUAUAUGAACGAGCCACCGGGAUACCAACUCCUCCAUUGUCUGGAGAACUCAUGUUCGGGUGGCGAGUCGUUGUUCGCGGACACAUUUUCGGCUGCAAAACUCAUGAAUGCGCAACAUCCAAAAGAGUAUAACGUGCUUCGCGAGCAACGGUUAGGAUACGAGUAUAGGCAUGAGGACCACAUCUACUACAACGAACGACCCGUCUUUGAGCAUGAUUCCGACACAGGGGAACUACGCCACGUCAAUUACUCGCCACCCUUUCAGUCUCCUCUCCCACCACAUGACGGGAAAGGCCAUGAUGCUGAGUCUGUGAACAAACUACGAGACGCCCUUGCGAAGUUCACUUCAAUUAUUGAUAAUCCGAAGCGCAUCUUUGAACUCAAACUCAACCCAGGUGAUUGUGUUAUCUUUGACAACAGACGAAUUGUCCAUGCUCGCCGCCAAUUCAAUGCUAGCGUAGGAUCUCGCUGGCUAGCAGGCGCGUAUGUCGAUACUGAUGCUCUGCUAUCCCGCUUUGCCGUCUGUAAGCAUAAAUAUUCAUCUGUUUGGAUGAAAAAAGCUCCUAGAACGGUGGCUGAAGGUGAAUCAAUAGAGAUUGAGGGAGAACAAGAGAUUGGUCAGGUUCAUGGGGACCACACAGAUGAGGGCACAGGAAAAGAAUAA